AUGGUACUCCGAUGGUACCAAGCCAAGCUGGCCGCCCGCCCGCUGCUCACCCAGAGCAUCACCACGGCGGUGCUGUUCGCCACGGGCGAUAUCACGGCCCAGCAGCUGGUCGAGAAGAAGGGAAUCGAGAAGCAUGAGCUGGCACGAACAGGCCGCAUGUUCCUCUACGGUGGUGCCGUCUUUGGCCCGGCCGCGACGACCUGGUUCAAGUUCCUGCAGCGCAACGUGGUGCUGAAGAACAAGAACGCCGAGAUCGUGGCCCGCGUGGCGUGCGACCAGGGCCUGUUCGCGCCGACCUUCAUCGGCAUCUUCCUGAGCAGCAUGGCCGUCAUGGAGGGCGGCAGCCCGCAGGAGAAGCUGGAGAAGAGCUACCUGCCCGCCCUGCAGACCAACUACCUGAUCUGGCCCUUCGUCCAGCUCGUCAACUUCAAGUUCAUCCCCCUGCACCACCGCGUCCUGUUCGUCAACUUCAUCUCCAUCGGCUGGAACUGCUACCUGAGUUUCCUGAACAGCACCGCCUAG